AUGUCUGUGGCUCGACUACCCAUCGAGGACAAUAAUUCAGAGCCAAAAAGAGCCAGGAAAGAAGCCCCACAAGUUAUAGGCUUCUCGGACGAAGAUAAGAUCGGAACCAUCCAACCCCAUGACGAUGCUCUAGUGGUCAUACUCAGGAUAAAGGGAUAUGAUGUGAAGAGAGUUUUGGUAGACCAGGGCAGUGCUGUCGAGAUAAUGUACCUUGACCUGUACAAGGGGCUGAAUUUGAAACCCGAGGACCUAACAGCGUAUGAUUCCCCUCUAGUAAGUUUCGAGGGGAAGACUGUUACUCCAAAAGGUCAGAUUAGAUUACCCAUACAGACCGGUUCGGAUGUGGUAGAAGUGGAUUUCAUUGUGGUGGACACUUACUCACCCUACACAGCUAUUGUUGCUAGACCUUGGCUUUAUGCCUUAGGAGCCGUCUCUUCUACCUUGCAUCAGAAGGUGAAAUAUUCGUCGGAGGGCUAG